AGGGCUACCCAGCACUGCUGGCCGUUGCAGUGGUGCAGGGACAACAGUGGAGAUGCUGGCAUUGCCCCCCGGGGUGGCACCUGGCCGCUCUAGGGCUCUUGUUUUGGAGUGCCCAGGCCGGCAGAGACUGCUGGGCCCUGGGCAGAGUUAAAUGGUGCUUAUGAGCCCCACAAUGCUGCCGUCAAUGGCUCUGUUAGUCCUGCAAUGGUUGUGCAGCUCUUGGGAAGCACAAGUUCAGCUGUUCUGUCGCAGUGGGCUGCCAGAGGCCUGGAGCUCUUGAGGUGGUGCACAGCCACGUGCAGGUCCCUCAUGGUCACCAGGGCAAAAUGAGGGGGCCCAGCCCUGUGUGCCCAGCCCGCAGCAUUGGUCUUGGCAAGGAUAAAACCUGCUACUGGUUUUGCUGGGAUGUCCUGAUCUGUGUCUGCCUUGCCAUGUGUUACCCCUGGCCUGAGCCCUCGCUCCUUUCUGUCCCCACACCACUGAUGGUCCGUGCCGGGGUGGUGCAUCUGCUGGGAUGGUGUGCUGGGACGGGCUGUACCUCGGCUCUGGUGUGCAGAGGGCACUGCUGAGCACCCGUGCCCAGCUGGGACGGUGCUAAUGAGGAAGCAAGGAAGGAAAAAACAAACCCUGGCUCAGCAAAGGAGGUACAAACCACCCAAGUCAAAUCACGCCUCCCAGCGUGGUGGCACAGACAACACGGACUGUCCCCCAUCUGGAGGAAGCCUGGCAGCUGAGCAGACGGUGGUAACGCUUCCAGUGAACACUCGGAGCCACAAGUGAGGUUGCUGAGCUGAGGGCGUUGUGUUUAACAGUGGUUGGUGAGGUAGGUUUCUGAUACUGCAGCGGGGCAGAGAGGAAAUGCUGGAUCAAGGUUGGGGGGAGUGCUGGUGCUUCAGGGUGGUGUGAUGGGAUACAGAAAAGGAGAGGAUGUGCAGAGCAGAGGGGGUUAAUCCCCACAAUCUCAGUUAAUGCCACAAUGGAGGGAGAGUUGCUGGGAUUUUUCCUCUGGCCAUGGCAGAAGGGGAACGGAUGUGCUGGGGUUCAGAGGGGGGCUAGCAGGGACUGGCCUGCAGUCACCUUGCUGCUUCAGGGAAGCAUUGCCUCCCUUGCGCUGCCUUCUGCAGUGAGAGCAGCCCUGUCCCUGCCUGCACAGGCAGCCAGUCCUCCGGUCUCCAUCAGUCCCCCAGCUCUGUGCCUCUGUAAGCCCCAGGAACAACCCUGGAGGCUCUUUCUCCCUUCGGGCAGAAAUACUGCCUCCUUCAAUGGGCUCUGUUGCAAGGCCAGGAGGGUUCUUGUUGGUCUCAGCGAGGGGGGACUAGGCCAACUGCCUGUGCUUCAGCUCUGGUGUUUCAGAGGUCUUGCCUCAGCCCUCACCCACAGUUUGCAGCUGCAUGUCCCUGCUUGUUGACUGCUCCUCCUUGUUUCAAGCUCUUGAUCCUGCAAGGGACAGAGAAAACAUGGGGGCAGUGUUUUGUAUCCACGUGCUGAGGUGCUUGCGCUUGUAAUGGUGAAAAGUUGGUGUGAAAUGGGAAGAGUGAGAAGCAGUGACAGUGGUGAGCAGCCCCACUGGUGUCCCGUCUGGUCAGGGGUGCUCCCACCCCUCUGCCUCUGGAGGUGGCCCUGGGCUCCCCACCUUCACGGGGGAAUGUGUCCCCACAACCACAAGGUUGGUGUUGGUAGCCUCAAAGCCCUUGCACGUCUGCUGCAGGAGAGGAAGAUUACCUCCGUGACCAGCAAGAGCAGGGCAAGAUUCCUGGUGGCUGAAUGGUGGGGCAAGACCAAGGUAAGAAGGGACUGGCCAGGUACAGGUGCCCAGCUGGACCAGCCUGUGCUGUGGUUCACAGUCUGAGUCUCUGCUUACAGCGCUCAUUUUGCCCCAUUUUGCCAUGUGGGUGAUGUCACGCAGGGUGCCCUCCCCGUACGGGGAGUCUGUGGGAUGGCUGGGGGUGUCCUGGCAGUGGUGUCACAGGUUGUGCCAGUGUGAGUCAUGCCCAGAGCUGGGCUGAGUCACCUCCCCAGUGGUGUGAGCCUCAGGUGAGGAGCUUUCUCUCUGACCCACAUCCUGGUGACAAAGGCAGUGUGACUUCUCACCACGGGGUGCCAGAGGUGGGUGCAACAGAAGGUUGCUGCAGCACGUGCAUAGUGCCAUAGCAGUGUGGCAGCUGCCCACUGUCCCUGUGGGUCCACUUACCACCCAGCCCUGAGGGUACCCUGCCCUGUGGCACCCCCAGAAUGCAGCAGAAGGUCCCCUGCCCUCCAUAGUGGACACCUCUGUGCCACAAUAGGCAUGUGGGCUCCAUGGGGCAGUGUCACUGGCUGAAGCUUCUGUUUUUAUUCCCAGGUUCCAGCAGCACAUUAUGUCUGUGGGUAGCAGAACAGCUCCAGCACACCCAUCCCUUUCCAUGGCCCCCAGCAUGGCUGUGGUAGGAUGAGCCCUGCCCUGUUCCUGCUGCUGUCCCUGGCCAGCUGCUCCCUGCUCCAGGGUAAGCCAGUGCUGAAGCUGUCACCACAGUCUGGGGGGCUGGCUGCAGGAACACCUCUCAAACCUACUGAAGGUACCUGUGAAGAGGAGAGACCCAAGUGGUCAUCAAGCAAUGAUGAGAAAGAAAACCCCCAGGUCAACAGCAGAUGUGUCAGGGUGUUGUCUCUCCUGUUUUGUCAGCUGUGUCUCUGCUUUGGCAGAAGUGUGGAGAGGGUGUUCUCAGUGUGUGACCAAUUGUGGGGGAUACAGAUGCUGAGCACCUGCUUUGAAGUCAGAGUUUGCCCAUGCUGGGAUGAAGCUGAGGAACCUGUGCCACAAGGGGACCCUGCAGGGCACUGCCUCAUACCCCUCUGCUCCCCCCCCAGGGACGCUGCUGAGGCCACAGCACGUCAGGCUGGAGGCACAGAACUUCCACGUCUUGCUGCGCUGGGAGCCAGACCCCAGCUCACCCAGCUCUGCCACCUAUGAGGUGGAGUGGAGGAACAGAACCUCAAACUGGACCAAGGCAGGUGCCUAUGGGGGGAACUGCAGAAACUCCUGUGUGUGUGAGCUGUAUUUUGACAGGAUUCAUGAUAUCUACUGGGCACGGGUGAGAGUGGUGGCCGGAGGUGAGCGGUCCGAGUGGGCCAUUUCCAGCGAGCUGCAGCUGUACAGAGACACAAUUGUUGGCCCCCCCAAGCUGUCUUGGCUGCUCCAGGACCAAAUCCUCAGCGUAAACAUCAUCACACCACCCACUCCCUACCAGAGAAGGACUGGUUCCUACAAGCCAGUCAACCGAGUGCUGCUGAAGCUGUGGUACUGGCUGCACCUGUACGAGGGGGACCUGCUUGUCCAGCAGGUGCCCUGCAAACGGAGCAGUGAGAAAGUGCCUUGCACCUUUGGGCACCUGAAGCCCAGCACACAGUACUGUGUCCGGACGGUGGCUGCAGACAUUGCCAGGGAGCGGAGCCAGGAGGCUGAGCAGUGCCUGGUGACUCCAGCAGCCCCCUCAGGCUUUCCAUGGGUCUCUGCUGUGCUGAGUGCCUUCUUCCUGCUGCUGCCUCUGAGUGUGGCCGGGAUGUGCUUCGUGCAGCUGCAUGUCUUUCCCAGUCCUCAGGAGAUGUGCCUCCCAAAAGCACUGGCUCUCCAGAACAGCGAGCUGAAUGUGGCCAUGCAGGUGCCUCCACUGCAGCUUGAGGAGGACCCACUGGCCCUGCUCCUGCAGACUGUGCUCCCCUCCCACGGGCCAUCCACAGCUGUGCAGGCAUCAGCCACGGUCCCACGGCUCCUGCGAGGCCUUGUCCAGGAUGUGAGUGGCUACUGUGCCAACGGGUUUGGCCCAGACUGCAUUGAGGGAAGGGACCCGUCCUGCACCCACAGUCAGCUGGGGCAUGCCUUAGGUUCUCAGGUCCCCUCACAGCUGGAGAAGGAUGAGGAGGCAGGUGAUGGGGAUGAUGUGCCAGAGCAGCUGGUGCUAAUGGGACUGGCUGGACACAGCUACAUAGGUGACAAGGACAGCCAGAUACCUAAAAUGUGGCUCCCCCUGCACCUCCAGCUUUAUUCUAAAUGCCAGUGCCCAGUUCUGGGAGCAGACAGCCACCUUCCUCUGCCCGUGCCGAGCAGAAGCUGCAGCCAGGACUGCCUGCAGGAGAGUCCGGGGACGGCUCGGCACUGGAUCCGGCUCAGCUCCGUGAGGCUCCUGCCCAGCACGGAGACGGAAGGCGGGCAGCGCCCCUGUGCUCCCCAGGCUCUGCGGGGCGGCGGGAGUGACCCAGAGCUAGGGGACAGCGCCGUGCAGCGAGGCUCCCCGGGGCAGGCCGAGCCGUGUCCGUGCCCGCUGCCCCCCUCGCCCCGCGGCCUGCGGGCAGCUCCCUUCCCCGGCUACGAGCCCCGGGCCCCGGCGGGCAGCGAGCCUUAGCGGCCCAGCCGAGCCCAGGCCGCCUCCCGCAGCUCCCCGGCCGGAACGGCUGUCUGUCUGUGUCUGUCUGUCUGUCCGUCUGUCUGUGUCUAUCCGUCUCUCCGUCUGUCUGUCUGUCUGUCCCAGCCUGCUGGGGCGUGCUGCGGGUGGGACCGGGCAGGCUCCAAGGGCAGGCACAGGCCCGUUCCGGGCACGGCCGCCAAAGACGGGCGAGAUCCAGAGCUUUCCUCUGGGGAUUCGGUGCUCUUGAGACACCUCAUAAGGAGCAUGGAGCAACGCUGAAGCCCCAAACCUCUUAUCUAGAGAUCUGUCUGUAUGUGUGCAUGUAUGGUACAGUAUCUAUACUAAUGUAACACUCAUAUAUACAUAUAUAUUUGUAAAGCUCUUUAAUGAAAAAAAUGUUGGGGGUUUUACUUCUGUGGAAAUGUUGAUUCUGUGCUGGAGUUGUUUUUAAAUAUCACUAA